GGUGAGAGUAGGAGCGCGCGCGCGAGAUCCUACUCCGAACUCAGGAGUCGAACGGGGCCAGCGGCCAGAUCGCAGAUGGACGUUCGCGCGAGCGUACUGUCACGGGCAGCGCGACGCGCCGUGCCGUCGUCAUAAGUGCGCGUGUCGUGUGUUGUGUAUCGCGUAGUGUGUCAUCGCGCGUCAUUAACGCGCGGGCGCGAGGUCCUACUCCAGGAUCAGGAUCACGCGGAUUCUCCUCUCGGCGGCGGUGUGACAUUAUUCGGGAGUGAACGAACGUGCGAAAGCACCUACGAGUUUCUAUUCCGUCGAUAUAUACAUGUGUUUACACAUUGGAGCGGAUUGACAUACGCGGGUGUUCGCGGAUAUCGGAUACUUUCGCGAAUAUUUCGCCUUGAAAGUGGCGUUACCGAAUCCGCGAGAUAUCAUUGGUCAAUUACGUGAAGUUGCACGUGCGUCAUUUUUGUGUCGAGUGACGAAGUUGUCCCAAAUUUGUCAGUGGUGCAUCUCUGUUGACAGUCGCGUGACAUUUGACACGAGAGCGGGAUUUUCGUAAAUCCACGUGCUUCCACCAGUGUCGGAAGAGGCGAGGUCGUGGCUGUCGCGCCGCGUCGUCGAUCGAAGGGGAUAUACGUGAAGGUUCCGCGCCGAGGUGUGUGAAGUACGCGCCGAGUGGGGGCGAAGCGAGUGUUCGAAUUGCACUGACAGUCGAUGAGGAGUGUGUUGCACGAACGGCUCCGGUGCUCGUUCGCGGUGUCGGGAUUGUAAACACGACGCGACGCGAUCUCGUCGUGUACGACGUGAAUCACGACGAGUCGGGAUUCCGCGUCAAUUGAGAUCGAUGAACUGGAACUGGUUGUUUGCAGAGUCGCUUCCGCGAGUGAAAAGGUGUGUUCCUUACGUACGGAGGAGCAAAAAAUAGCAGCGUUUUUCUAACCGUGGAAUUCGCGUUUUUCAAGAACGGCGGAUUUCUCUCUCUCUCUCUUUCUCUCUCUUCGACGAAAAACCUAUCGAGAGUUGACAUUACGGAGAAGCCGAACAGCUGGCGGUGAAUCUCGCGGAAGAUUACCGGCGCGAUCGACGUCAACGACCUCCGGCGUUCGCGAUCCCGUAAGAGGGGCUUCCGUCUUCGAGAGCAGUGCGUGCGUUAUCGCUGAAAGAGAUUUUCGCAUUGACGAAAGAGAGUCUAGCGUUCGGAGGAAAGACUGCGUGACGUGAAAGUGACAUUUGUGUGAGUGUGAACAUUUUGUGGAAGAGGCGCGACGAGAGAAGCGGAAGCUGGAAGGAUAACAGAGAGAGAGAGAGAGAGAGAGAAAACGAAAGAAGGCGAUGCUGUGUCUCGGCUGAAGAUCCCGGCUAAUUCGCACGUGUCCGCGAUGUCGAGUGGCACGGCGGGCGGCGUCCGCGGCACCGGCGCCGAGUGCAGGAAGUUCGCGCCGAACAUAUUCAACAAGAGCAAGUGCAGCAGCUGCUUCAAGCAGAAGGAGGAGCACAGCGCGGAGGCUCUGGAAUGCAACAGGGCUACGAGGAAGAUUUCCAAAUGCGGAUACCUGUUCGUCGCGCCUGGAUGGGACUUUUCAAACCCCCUGAACCGGACAAAGAGAUGGCAGAGGAGAUGGUUCGUUCUCUACGACGACGGAGAGCUGACGUACUCGGUGGACGAACACCCCGAAACGGUGCCACAGGCGAGGAUCGACAUGACCCGCGUCCUGGAGGUGGCUGCGGCCGAGGACGUCACCGGGCAUCCUUACAGCCUGGCCGUGACCUCGCCGGAGGGUGCGACCUUCGUCAAAGGCACGUGCCGCGAAGAGACCAGGUGGUGGACGGACGUUCUCCAGGUGUAUUCGCGAAACAAGGGUCGGCAUAAGCGAAAUGCAACCUUCCCCGGUGGACAGACAACGAUUCUGCAAGUUACGCCGACGAUUCGAAGUAACACGCCAAAUCCACCGCGACCGCGCUUCAACAGCUGUCGAUCAGAGCCUCGUGGCAGCGCGUGGAUCCCAGAGAGCGGAACGUCAGACCUUUGCUCUUCCGUCUUCUCGUCUACUCCGUCCUUGGUGACGACCAGCGUCUGCACCGCCAACAAUAGCGUGCUGACGAACGGUAAGACGGACAGCGUCUCCGAGAUUAGGAGCAACUUGUCACCUCUGCAUACCGUGGCGUCCCUCGAGAAUGGCUCCAGCGGAAGCUACCUGACAACCGCGACGACGACGACGACGACGACGUCGUUGAAUGGCAAUAUUUGCAGCACCGUAUAUUCGACGACCUCGACGACCGUCUCGAGCAGCAUCGCCUCGUUGACCGAGAAGCCGCCGAUGAUCCCCAACGACGGCGCGAGAUCGACGAGCUAUCGGGAUCAACCUGCCAGCAGCGCGUCACCGCCGACCCGGGACAAGCUCCGUGCCGAGGACAAGGCCAGGCGCAGGAUGAAUCAGCAGGGCGAACGAACCGGCGACACGACCGGCACGGCCUCCGGCGAGAAACUAGACGAUGACGCGUGCCGGAGGAUACUUUUGGAGCACGAGCGGGAAAGAGAAGGGAAGCUGCGGGAUAUAGCGGCUUCAUUAACGCAACCACGAGUGAGGAGAAUUAAACCAAGAACUUCGGAGCCAACCAGAGACGUAGUGGACGCGGUCAAUGCGGCUCAUCAAGAUAAACUUAUCAGAGGCGAUCCUGACGGUUGCGGCCUAGAUAUUUCCGGCAUCAGGUACUCACCCACUUCCGAGCUAAGAGUUGAUCUGCCGGCAGAGGACUUGUUAAACAUCAAGAAAGGCUGGCUAAUGAAACAAGGCUUGAAUAAGGAAUGGAACAAGCACUGGUUUGUUCUGAGAGGUUGCGGACUGAUGUAUUAUAGAGAUCCCUGUGCGGAGGACAAGGGCAUCAUGGACGGAGUUAUAGACCUCAAUACUGUCACCGCGGUCACUCCGCUACAGGUCGCGCGGAAUUAUGGAUUCCAAACUGUCGCUUGGGAUGACAGGGGCACUACGGUGUUAUCGGCAGUGACUGCUGGUAUCAGGUCUAGCUGGAUGUCAGCUAUCAAAAGAGCAGCCAAUCUACCUGAUUCUGACAGUAAUGUGGAUUCUCUUACCGUUUGCUCGGACACUCAGCAAGAGACAAAUCCGCAGUCGCCUACCACAUCCAUCGUGGAUCGUGAAAGAGACUCUGUCGUUCCCUCGACAUCUAUCACGCCUAGAUCGGUUCUGUUCUCGUCCGACGAAGAGUAUAGGACUGCUUCCGAGGGUGGACGAAGAGAAUCCGGCGAUUGGUCGGAGAUGCCAGUAUCGCCGCCACUUUUGAGGAACGGCGAUUGGCCUAUCAAGGGUUCUGGCUGGUCGGAUUCGGCAAAUCAUGAAUGGUCAGAGCUACCACCAUCGCCGCCGUUAACGAGAACCGCGUUAUCCAGGGUGAAAGCUCGAUCCAGAUCGAGUUCUAGAUCGAGAGUCUACAAGAGAAGCCGAAGUUCGCCUCCAAGCUCGCGGAGAAGUACCCUAGAUAGUGUGAGAUCGGAGGAUUUGAUGAUGGCUUGUUGCGAACUUGGCGAAGAUGAGGAACAGAGCAAUGGCCACCUGCAGAACAAUAGCUGCCUUUCGAGUGCUAAUGACAGUCCUUUGAUUGUCGAGCUUCUGGAGAAUCAGGUGUCGCUUCUGCGCGAUCAACUGGAUCAGAAUCAGUCUCAUCCGAGUACGCUACUAGUCAUUGUCGAGCGUCAAGAGAAUGAAAUCGAAAGUUUGAAGUCGCAAUUGAAUGCGGCGCGAACAGAUAUCGCAAACGCAGAAAAAGAGCUGUCUAGACUAAGACAGCAAAAGGCCGAAGCAUCCAUCAGGGAAAAGCAAGUAGAAGAAUUGUUGAAUACGAUACAGAGGACCGAGCAACAGAGAAACAAGGAUCUGGAUGACCUGGAAAAAAUGAAGAAAAUGUACAAUAGAGACAAGGAAGUCUUGGAAUGCAAAUUAUUGGAGACGGAGGCUCUUCUAAGGGAGACUUCAGAGAGAUGCGAAAUGCUUACGAACGAGUUGACAUCGAAUCAUAGAACUGUCGAGCAUUUGCAAGCUGAAAUAACAACUCUUAGCGACAGAUUGUCGCAAGGUAUUGAGGAAAACGAAAGACUUUACAAUAAAGUAAGAGAAUUGGAAGAGAAGAAUGGACUCUCUGCUUCGAGAGAACGGGGGAGAAGCUUCGAUUCGCUUAGCGAUUUAACUAACAUCGAGUUGGAUUUAGAUUUGACUACAUUAGACAAGGAAAGGGUUAUGGAAGAGUAUGACGAGUUGCGCGGCCGUUUUGAGAAGGCUGUUAUGGAAAUUCGAGCUAUGAGGAAGGAGCUACGAGAAGCUCAUGCCACACAGGAUGUUUUGGAAUUAGAAAUCUUUGCUCAUAAGCAAGACGCAAUUAGCGUCAGCGAGAGCAAUCAGGCACAGAUUCAGCUAAUGGCAGCGAGAAUUCAAGAUCUGACUAACAAGUUAGCCGCUAGCGAAAAGCAAGUUAGGACAUUGAGACAGAAACUAACAAAAGCCGAAAGCAGGGACAAGAGAAGAUCACUCUCUCUCAAAGGAAGGGAAUCUUUCCAGAUUUCUCAAGAGGUGGAAGACAAAUUAUUGGAUUUAGAAAACAAGAUCCGCGCUAUAGAGAAGGGUAAGAGCAUCAGCGCCCCCGUUUCAGCGGGCAACAGCUCGAAGGAAUCGAGUCCUAAUCUGAAAAAAGAGAAGAGACGAGAAAACAAAAAUUUGGAUCGUACUAAACUUCGAAGAAAAUCCUUAGAUAGCGCAACAAGCUCUGAACCAAUGAAAGUGUUGAUUAGAUUGAGCACUUUAGAAACAAAAGUUGCAAACGUCGCUGAGACUAUGGUCAGCGAUGUGGAGAAAGAUUCUAGCGAAUGUAGCGAGGUCAGCGGGUCUUCCGAGAUAUCGUUGGAGGUGCUGGCAAGAUUGAAGAAAUUGGAGAGAGCGGUAUCGAAGUCGAAGCGACGAUUAGAGAAGUGUCUCGGCUCAACGCAAGCGGAGGAUAAAGCCGAGAAGUGUUUACGCGACGUAAAUGAAAUAUUGGAUUCGUGCUUAGAAUGUAAGAAGAAUCAAGCUAGCGCUCAAGUCAUCGAGUCAGUAGGAGUAGUGGUAUCUAGGCUAGAAGUUAUACUUAAGGAUAAACUGAGCGAACUCACGAGGAGACGGCAGUCGCUGGCGCAGGAAGGUCGGCUGGACGAGAGGGAGAAGAUGAAGCUCGUUGCUGAGAGGAUAGCAUUCGAAUCCGUGAUUCUGCGACAGAUAAAGUGUGCGUUGAAUCGCACAACAGACAAGAGCGCCGUUCUGAGUGAAUUGGUCGAAACUAGUCAGCUUGCCUCAAGCUUAAAGCGUAAGAUUCAUGGAACUAAGCCCAAAACAUACCAAAAUACCAAUUAUAUUCAAUAUCUUACUAAGGUGUUAGCUAAUAAGUUAGUACUGGUAGGACAUGUCUCCGCGUUGACGGAAACAUCGAAGGAGAUGAACGCGGCUCGCAGUGAAAGCCUGAACUUUUUACUGCAGAAGCAGCGAGAGAUCAACGAGAUUAUGCGAAAAUACAAAGACACGAAACUGCAACAGCUCGCGGAAGUUCUUGCUCUCGAGACGUUUAGUCUAUCCGAACAAGAGGAUCUCACGAGCAAACAAAUUAGCGGAUCGAAUAAAAAACUGCUCGAGGAUAGACGCAUUCGCGAGGCGUGGGCUUUAGCGCAAGAGACAGUAAGUAAGGAACUUGUGCAGGCUGAAGUGUCUCACGUUAUUAUGCGUUACGGUCAACUGUACGAGCAAAACGUCACUUCGAUCAUGGAUACUUGUCUUAGCUUUGACAGAGCGGACAAUGUCAGAUUAGAGUCGUGGGUGGACGCGGCACAAACGCGACUACGUCAAGAAAUGGAAGUCUCCAUACACGAGCUGUCGGAGGCUUAUGAGGAAUGUUUACGUACGAUGAAGAAGAACAAGUUAACAGCGAUCGAUUCCAAACAUGAAUCCCGUCAGUUGCUGACAGACUACGCUGACGUGAUUGCGCACAAAGCUUUAAUAGACUCCAGAAUCGCUCUCCUUCAGGAAACUACACGGCAAUCAAUCACGACAUUGCCUGGAGAGACUUUUGUAUCUAGUCUUAUUCGAAACGAAGAGAUCGUUUCCUGUUUGACGAAUGACGAAGGAUACGACUUCCAAAGUAAUCCGAUCCUCGAUGCAGAGUAUAGUUACCUUUAUCAACGAUUGACCAAGGAAUGUGAAGAUAGAAUAUCUGGGAAAAAAGAAUCAAAGGAGCAACUGAAAAAUGUCAGUCAGUCGUUGUUUUACUUGGAAGAAGAUCUAGCCGGACUCAGCAAAUGCAUAAGAGAUAAAGCAGGAAUGAGUAUCGACAAUACUGCUUGGUCCAGAUCGACAAGCAGCAUUGCGGAUUGGUCUAGCGUUUGCGAGAAGUGCUUGCACUUACGGGAACAGAUAAGGAAGCUGGAUGAUUACAUGAACAAUAUAUCGUGUCAGACGUGCACUCAAUUGCAGGAAACUCUUCAGAAGAUAACUACCGAACAUAAUAAAGAACUGGAGAUGCUUAAGCGCAAUCAGGAGAGGGAUCUGAUAGACAUCAAAGGUGAAUUGGACAGUCAGCGACAGUCUCUGACGACUCAAUACGAGCAAGAGGCAGCUAGUCUACGCGAGAGAGCCAGAAAAUUGGAGCAUCGUCUCAACGCGAUGGAUUCCGAACAUUCGGCUCAUGUGAAUGAGUUAAGAGCUGCCUAUCAACGAUCUAUAAGCGCCGAAUUGGACACUGACGCCGAGACGCGGAAGCGGUACAAGGAAGAGAUCAAGCAAUUACGUGCAUUAUGCGAGAAAGGUUUAUUGGCUAUGGAGAACUCGCAUAGACGUAUCAUCGCCGAAAUGGAGGAGAAACAUCGACAGGAGCUGGAGAGUCUGAGAGUGGAUAAAGAACAAGCGCUCUCCGAAGAGACGCAAGCGACUUUGGCUGCAUUGGACGCUAUGAGAAAAGCGCACGAACACGAGGUACAAAAGGAAAUUGCCAAGUUCAAGCAGGAGUUUAUCAAGCAAGUGCAGGCUCGAGAGGAUAUCGGGGUGCUACACAAGGAACACGAGGAAGAAAUGGAAGAGAUAAAACAAGAGAUUCUUUCCCUGUCCGCCAAGUAUUCGUCGAAAUGCGUCGAGUCCGCUGCAUUAGAGGAGAGAGUGGGUAAUCUGUCCAAGCAACUCGCCCAGGCGCAACAGCACAUCAUGCAAUUAGAUGCGAGAAAUAAGCAAUUGAGAGCGCAUCUAGUGCUAGAGACGAAUGAAGGUGGUAUCAACGAUACCAUACAGAUUCUGAGAGGUAGGGACAACGAGAUCGCUGAACCGAGGGAAGAGAUACAUCGACUGCAACAACAAUUCAAGCAUGGGGACACCCCUCGUGAAUCGUCGAAAGCCGCCCUAUCGCUAGACUAUUCGCCUGCCUACUCGCCGCAACGUCUCAGGGGUAGCCAAAGUGGCGGUGAACAGAAAUUAAUGAGCGAACGAAGUCUAAAAGGGGCGAACACCUUGUCCAGCGUGUUACAAAAACGAUCCCUGUCGAUGGAUCGGUCUCAAAGCGCAUUCUCGUACAAACUCGAGCGCGUAAAGUCGGUUUCGUUGCCGUAUUCGAGUAAUUUGAUAACUAGGCCGGCGAGUAGUGCCGGCGUUUCUGGCUCGCAUUUUGUCAGAAAAGAAUCGCCGGCGAGCUUAGAGAAAAAAGAUCAGGAGCGUAACGUUCGUCUGGAUUCGCCAUUAUGGGACAGCUUGAGACCGAGGAGCGGCCCCCAUCAAUAUCAAGGUGGCACAACAACAGAGAUGCGAGUCGGCAGCAGCCCCUGGCAGGAGAGCAAGCAGAAUGAAAAGCAACAGCAGCAACACCCGGAGACAUACACCCUCCGUGCCGACGCUCGUAACACAUCCCGCCUCACCUCGGAACCCGCAGCUCUCUCCGUUGCAGAGCUGAUGAGGUCUCCAACAGUGAGGUGGUCCAGCAGAAGUUGUCGCAGCCUACCUCCGACACCCACGUCGAAUUACCAUCAUCCACUUCACCCUCCUCUACCCGCCGUAGGCAUGGUCGCCGAGAGGAAGAAGCGUUUCGAACUUUAAAUUCUAGUUUCUUGAUUUUUUGUGUACUUUGAUCGAAAUGUCACGAAAUUAGAUAGUACGUACACAAACGGUUGAAAUGAUUACAUUUUAUAUAUCUAAAGAAAAGCAAGUUUAAGCAAUCCGAACAAUAAGUCUUAUUGUAUACUAUUUAUAAUACUAAAAAGGAAGAAAAUUUCGCGUUUUUUCGAAAUUGCAAAGAGUGAAACUAUUUCGAUAUCGCUCGACUCAUGGACCAAUAAAUGAAAUCGUUCCAUGCGAUAGAUAAUUCGGACAAUACCGUAUAUACGAUUCGCGAAACGUGCGAAUCGUAAUUCCAUCACUGCCAUGCGAGAAUCAUGUGAGGCUCGAAAGAUUUUUGAUGGACCAAAGUCGAAAUGCCGAUCGUGCUCGUCGUGAAUAUUGUGAAUAUUGAGCAUGUUUAUCAGGUAAACAUGAUUCAAUAACCGAAACGAGUCCCGAUUGAUUAGAAGAGGGUAAAUUACGUAUUUUUCCCCAUCUUUCCCUUUCACGAAUAUGAAAAGGCGUAACAUCGAGAGUUCAUCACGGGCCUAUCGAUCACGAUAGGUCGUUUUUGACAGGUUUUCCCGAGAAAAAAAAAUUUUUGCUAAACGUGUUUACUCACGCCGCGCUGUUUUGCGAGCGGCCGUUCUUUGAUAUGCAUUUAGACUUUGAUAAAGGGUUUUUUUUACCGUAGAUUGCGAGUAUAGUCCUUUUGCUACCAUUGACUUUUCGCGAAUAUCGAUUUUGAAAUGCAUAUUUUGGAGCAUUAUUGAUCGCAAAGCGCUGUACGCGUGAAACUUUUCACACAUAUACUCUUUGGUGCUAAAAAUAAAUGUGAAUUACGAGAAAGAAAUGUGUAUUACGAAUGAUGUAUACAAUCAUCGUAAAAACCUAUCAUAAUGUAGCGUAGACGUAUCAUGAUGUAAAACUGUAGGAUCAAGGAUAAAUUUAUCAAAUUUCAUCCAACUUUCGUAAAAUUCGCAAGAUUGUUUGAGCGGCGCAUUCAAUAACGUCAAGUUAAUUCUAUUUUGCACUUAUUAUUAAAGGAGAUUAUGUUAAGCGUGCUAAAUAUAUUUAGAUACGAAUGCUUAAAUAUGGAUAUUCUCGUAAUUCCGAAGAUAAUUUAUUUGUCAAGCACGCUUAUGAAAUUAGAAAUUCGAUUUUAUGCUGAUUAAAAUUAAUUCUAUCUUUAUGCACGUCUAUUUCCAGAAGGGAAUGUUGAAUUUGUCCCGUUGAAUUUGUUAUCUUUUGAGAUAUAAAUACUUUAUAUGAGUUAUAUUCGAUUCUGAUUAUUAGAGAGAAGAUAUUUCUGAGACGUCUCAAUUGAGACGAUAUAAAAGAAGAGGGAGAGAUUUUUUUUCGUUUGUUAUUCUCGAGAACGACGAGAUCGUUUCUUGUUUCUUGCUCUUGUUAUGUAUAGAUUUUGCACAUAAUAUGGCGUUAUGACAUUGCACUGUGUAUUAUCGCAUUUUCUCAUUAUGUAAAUGUUUUCAGAUUGCGAUCAUUUGAUGUUAAUACUGUAUAGUUUAUGACGUUUUAUUGAGGAUUAAGAAAGUAUAAAUAGAAAUUAAUUCCUUCCUUCCCCCCUCUUCCUUAUAUUAUAUAUGUGAAUUGUUUAUAUAUACAUAUAUAUAUAU